AUGUCUAAAGUAACCAAAAGUGACGUAGAUCCGUUUAACUCGUUUUUGGCAGGGUCCAUAGCGGGUGCUGUUGAAGCAUCCAUAACAUACCCUUUUGAGUUUGCCAAGACAAGGCUACAAUUGAUCGAUAAGGCCUCUAAGGCAUCAAGAAAUCCUUUAGUGCUAAUUUAUAAAACUGUCAAAACUCAAGGUAUCGGUUCCAUUUACGUUGGAUGUCCUGCAUUCAUUGUUGGUAAUACAGCCAAAGCAGGUAUUAGGUUUCUCGGAUUUGAUACUAUUAAAGACCUGCUGAGAGAUCGUGAAACUGGGGAGCUAAGUGGUACAAAAGGUGUGAUAGCUGGGUUAGGAGCAGGGCUAUUAGAAAGUGUGCUUGCAGUGACACCCUUCGAAGCAAUUAAAACUGCCUUGAUCGAUGACAAACAAUCUCCUAAACCAAGAUAUCACAAUAACGGACGUAGCGUGCUACGAAAUUAUUCAGCACUGGUCCGUGACGAAGGCUUUUCAGGUCUUUACCGCGGUGUUUUACCUGUUUCCAUGAGACAGGCUGCCAAUCAAGCCGUUAGGUUGGGUUGUUACAAUAAGAUUAAGACUUUGAUCCAAGAUUAUACAAAUUCGCCRAAAGAUAAACCAUUAUCGUCUGGUUUAACCUUCCUAGUGGGUGCAUUUAGUGGUGUAGUGACUGUCUACUCUACUAUGCCUAUUGAUACUGUGAAGACAAGAAUGCAAAGUUUGGAUUCCACGAAAUAUUCUUCUACAAUGAACUGUUUUGCCACCAUUUUCAAAGAAGAAGGGCUGAAAACGUUUUGGAAAGGUGCCACACCGAGAUUGGGGAGGCUAAUAUUGAGUGGUGGUAUUGUUUUCACAAUCUAUGAAAACGUCUUAGUUAUGCUAGCUUAA